AAAAUUUACAGUACGCAAACAUUACAACAUCCCUUUAUCACGACUAUCCGCCUUGGCCUACUACUGGGACAUAAGCUUAAAGGAUUUAUUUAAUUUCGGGUGUUGUGUACGCACCGUGCAUUAAAAGUUGCUGCAGUAUUUAACAGAAAACACUGUGAGAUAGUUAAGUAAUACUAUAGAUACAUCUUAACACAUACAUAAAAGCUACACUUGCAUAGUGACCUUAUUAGGUGUUUUGGAAUUUUACUCGGGUCAGCAGACGUAAACACUAGACUUUUUUUUUAAAAAAAAUGGCGGAUGAAGAAGUGAGACAAUUUGAAACGUGGGACUGGGUGUUAUUUGCCGCAAUGCUUGCUGUUUCAGCUGGAAUUGGCAUAUUUUAUGCUGUAAAAGAUUUAUGUAGUGAAAAGAAAAACCCCACUGGAGAGUUUCUAAUGGGAGGUAGAAAUAUGCAACUACUUCCGGUUGCAGUCAGCAUCCUCGUGUCUUUCAUGUCCGCCAUCUUGAUUCUCGGGACUCCGGCGGAAAUGUAUACAGCAGGAACUUUGUAUUUUAUGUAUUUACUUGGAAUGAUUUUAGCCAUUAUUCUGUCAACCCUUCUGUUCGUUCCUCUCUUAUAUCCACUAACUCUCACCAGCAGUUUUGAGUACCUUGAGCUGCGUUUCCAGUCUAGAUUGGCUAAGCUUACAGGAACUGUAAUCAUGAUUGUUCAACAGAUCUUAUAUAUGGGAAUAGCUUCCUAUGCCCCCUCGACAGCUCUGGAAGCAGUAACAGGAUUUCCAACAUGGGCGACAAUAAUUACUGUCGGAUGUGUGUCGACAUUUUACACAUUUCUGGGAGGCAUGAAGGCGGUCGUAUGGACUGACGUCUUCCAGUCUGUCAUCAUGAUAGCCGGACUUCUAGCCAUUGUUAUACAGGGAAUAAUCAAAACGGGAGGAUUCAGUGAAGUCUGGAAUAUCAAUGACCAGUGGGAUCGCAUUGAUUUCUGGGAAGCGGACCCCGACCCGACAGUUCGACACUCUAUAUGGUCUCUGGUAGUAGGUGGCACGAUCGGCUGGCUCGGCACAUACGGAGUGAACCAAGCCAGUGUACAGAGAUAUUGCGCCGUUUCAACUCUGCCAAAAUCAAGAGGGGCAGUGCUACUGAACGUGUUUGGCGUGAUUAUCCUGGUGACCUUGACCUCUUUGGCCGGCAUUGUUAUGUUUGCUUUCUAUGCCCAGAAAGGGUGCGAUCCCCUGACUAGCAACACAGUUAGCAAUUCUAACCAGCUGAUACCGUAUUUCGUCAUGGAAGUGCUGGGCUAUCCGGGCUUGCCUGGGCUUUUCAUUUCGUGCCUCUUCAGUGGUGCUCUCAGCACGAUGUCCUCGUGUUUAAAUGCACUGUCCGCAGUGACAUGGGAGGAUAUUUUCAAACCUCUAAUAGGCGAUAGAGUGACAGAAACAACGAAGACUUGGAUAAUAAAAUUGCUCGUGGCAUUAUAUGGCGCAGCAGGUGUUGGAUUCGCAUUCAUGGCGCAGAACCUCGGAGGAACAGUAUUACAGGCAUCACUUAGUUUCACAGGAGCGGCAUCGGGGCCACUUCUCGGUAUAUUCCUUCUUGGUGGAGUGUUUCCAUGGGCGAAUGCAGCGGGAUGUGUAGUGGGCGGAUUUUUAGGCCUAGCCCUGCCAUUGUGGAUAAGUAUAGGAGCAUACAAUCUACCAUCUAGCGGAUACAGCCUUGACUUUCCUACAGACAACUGUACCCUAGAGAAUGCGACUACAUUGGUACCUUCUACAACUGUUACACCGGCAGAAUUAUCUGGUGUUGACUUACUGUAUACAGUAUCGUAUCUGUGGUAUCCAUCUAUCGGAAUGGCGACUGCGAUCAUCGUAGGCCUAAUUGUCAGUUUUGCCACAGCUCCACUCUUUCCACAGGAAGAGAUCGACCCUAAAUAUCUGAUCCCUUUCUUUGACCGGCUGUUUUGUUGCCUACCAGACCGAUGGAGAAGACCAUGCCGAUGCGGGUACGAAUUUCAAAACCCUGAGGACAUUAUGCAUGAACGAGACCAGGAAAUAAUUGUAGAAAAUGGCGUGAUUCAGGGCCUCAACCAACCAGAUGACCAGAAAACUACAGCGUCCAAAAGAAAGGAGAAAAUCCCGAUGCGGGACAGGGUUUCCGGUUUGACAUACAGACAAUCCGAAACCCCACAAUUUGUUUACGACAAUGCUCUGUUCCAUACCGAAAACGGGCAGAAACCGUACAAUGGUUACGGAACGACUGUUGCUCACGACGAUAUCCCACCCAAAUACGAUGAAAUGAAUUAAUUAAUAAUUGAUUCAUUUGCAAAACUGCAGUGUGAUUCUUAGUUGCACUUUAUAAGACAGUUUUCUUAUUUUGAAAUGUUUCAUUUACAAUAUAGUACCUUUUUCUAGUAAAACACCUAUGUGUAUCAAAUCUGGCAACAAUUAUUCCGUUGGACAUAAUGCCUCUUCGUAGUAUUUUCUUACUAUACACGGUUCGAACAUAAGCACCUACUAUAACCGCCAACACUCGUCUGAAAAGGAUAAGUCAUUAGGCUACAUGCAAGACACAGUUACGGCCCUUUAACUUAUUCGAAAAUGAUAAAUUGAGGAUCACACAUGCGUGGGUCUGGAACUAACCAAACAUGCAAGACUUUUGCUACCAUAUUUAAGAUUAUCACGUUUGUGUUAAGGCACAGAUUUAUUACAUAUCAGUUUUUUUCUGCCGAAAACAAAGCAACAUCUAUUCACCUUUCUUAACUUAAUAGUUCCAAAAUCUGUAUGAUGUAUACAAGUUGAUUUAUAGUCGCCACCGCUUAUCCAUAUGGGCGACUCUUCCAAAAGACUGUUAGUAAUGUUAGUAGGAGGAUAGUGCACGAUACAGGAGACACUCCAGUUCCAGAAGCUUUCUUAGAGGACUAGCAAAGUAAUAACAGCCUUGGUUCGAUUUAGUCAGUUCGUGAGGGGUAAUGGAAAUUGCAACUUAUCUAACGCCCCCUAGCACCGAAUUUCGCUACACAGCUAGGGAUUUUUUUUUGCUAUGCCAGGUAUUUAAUGUACUCCGUGAGAUCAAACAGCCAGACAAAAAUGAUAAUAACAACACUGGAUGCGAAUAAUAGGCUGCUGAUGUCAUGGUUCAUAAGAUCUAUAAAAAUUACCCUUUGGAAGCAUAGAAUGCCACCAAGGGAAAUGACAGCAGUCUUGAAUGAGUCUGUUCGUGGGAGGAAGUGGAAAGUACAAAACACUCCACGCCCCCUAAAGCCCUGUUAAUUAUUCAAAUGCCUAUGGAUAACACUUACAAGUACAAAUCUCUUUAAACUUGUGAAACCAAGCGUUUGUAAUACAAUGAAAAAGAAAACACUUGGGAAAAUAAGUAUUGGUUAUACCAAGAAAAAACCUCUUUUCGAAAAUAAAUGUUGGUUACACCAAGAAAACACUUACAAAAAGCAUUCUUAAUAUCAAGACAAUUGAUCUACCGCAUGAAGUGUUUAACUUCAUAUUGUACUGCGGAAAAACUGUGAAUUUGCUUCCUUUUGGUCAAGAACUGAAUGACUUGUAUCACGUAGCUAAGCCGCAUUUUAAUGAACAUGUCAGUAUUUUUUAAGAUAAAUGUAAAUGUUAAAAGGCUUAAAACCCAACCACAACCUAGUGACCUACGUUUUCCUCCCUAAUAAACUUCGUGAAAUUCAUUCUUAAAAAAAUGGUUUAUUACGGCAAUAUUGCAUGAUGCCAGGUAAAAAUUAGGCCCUCCCCGAAUUAAAGACUCAUCAUAACCCAGUGACCUACUUUUUCCACCUACGUGUACUUCGUGAAAAUCAUUCUGAUAAUACUGGUAUAAUACAGCUUUUCUAUAAGAGGAUAGGUGGACAGUUUUGGCCCUCUCUGAAUAAAUGUAUUUUUCCAACUUCAUUUGCAAACUUAUAUAGUCAUUAUCUUUUCAAUAUGGUUUAAAAACAUAGAUAAAUAACUAUCUUACACCGUAGAAACAGAGCGUGGUCUACAUAAAGCACUGUGUAUACCGCUACAUUAAUUCUAUAAUAUAUUUAGACAUUAAACACAUUGUCCUUGUCUUUUAUAUGUCACUGUCAAUUUUUAAUUAGAUGCUUGUAUUUCUCUUUUUUCCCAUCCAACAUCCAAAUCAUGUAUAAUUACCAUCAUGGAAAUGCAAAAGAAUAAGUUAUUCUGUGGCGCGUGCGUCUUCCACGUGUUUUCACAAGUUAACCUAAAACUUAUUCUGUCAAUAUCUUUUCAGUAUAGGUUUAAAACAUAGAGAAAUAACUGCUAUACGUUGUAGAAACAAUGUGUGAUCUAAAAUCAGCUUAUUAUAAUAUAUAAAUACUGUACAUAAUGCUACAUACAUUCAGUUAAAUUUUCUGGCAUUGUCUUGGCCUAAUAUGCUAGUAUAUCACUGUCAGUUGUUAGUAGAUACUUGUAUUUCUCAUUGUUUUCAUGCAAAUCAUAUAUAAUUACCAUCAUGGAAUUACAAACGAACACAGUUAUUAUGUGGCCCGUCUUUAAAAACUCACCACAACCUAGUGACUUACUUUUUCCUCCCACGUGAACUUCGUGAAACUAAUUCUGAUAAUACUAGUAUAAUAAGGGGAAACCGAAGGCUUUUCCUGUACAGAUAAUGUAUACCUGUUUAUGUUCGACUUAGGAAUAUUUUCUACAUAAUCACCGUUUUGUUGUUGUUGUUUUCUACCCAUGAUUCCCGGAACUGCUGCUUCGGAGUUAAUAAUUCGAUAAAAUGAAACUGCUUAGACAUACUGUUACAAUCAUAGCAGAGAUGAAGGCACCGAAUAACCAUAAGACGUGUGAAAAUGAAAACUGAUUAAUCUUAAUCUAUCUUAUUCUAACGAGUUGAAAAUUUGCGGUAUUUGAAAUCGGUGUUACUAAUAUUCUGGUUUCUUCUUAGUACCUUGCGUGUUUACGUAUGAUUUAUCUGCCCCGCUUAUAGUUUUGAAUAUUGAAUAACAAUGUACAUUCAGUGUUUGAAUAACAAAAUCAGCGCCAAAAAUAUUUCUUAUGUAGAAAAACCGAUAAUUACAUAAAUUUUAAUGUGGAACGAAUCUCGUCACGCUGCCGUAACUAAAUUGAUUUAUAUACACUUUUUAUGCCUGCAUGACAUCGCUGUUCCUCUUUGGCCCAAAGGUUACUGUACAGGCUUCAUAUUCAAUGGGUCUGGAGUUCGAUCCCCGUCAUUUGCUUUUUUAAUCUGUUUAUUUUUUUAUUUUAUUUAUCAUGAAUUUUGCAAGUGUUGAAAGAGAAAUUAUUCGUGUGUAUAUCUAAUCAGUGUUCUGCCUGUAACAUGACUUCCACAUGCAUUGCAAAUACUUUCUGAAAAAAAAUCAUUGAGCAGAAUUUUACACUUGGAAACAGAUUGUUGGCUAUAAACUGGAGAAUUGAAAUUCAAAAGGUUCCUACUACGAUCACUACAGAGCUAAGAAAUUAACCGUUUUUAAAAAGGCCUUAGACGGUAACGUGUUUGGUAAAUUAAAUACUAGUAGGGGAUUCCGUGAAUUUCGGCCAACAGUGUUUGUCUCUGGAUAAAUUUCUGGUCAGGAACUUUUUAGAAUGGAUUUGAAAUAUAAAAAAAAUCACGUAAAUGGAUGUUUGUCAUUCUCCCAUACAAGAGGUCUACCAUGAUAGCAGUAUUUUUAGCCAAAAUUUAGCCCCAUUCUCCCUUCCUAAGAGAGCGUCAUUUGACAAAAAUAGUGCAAUAGUCAUUGUUUAGGAUAAUAGGAUUAUGUUAGUUCCGGUAUCUAUAUACACUGGAAUUUCCACUAGGAUUACAAAAAAAGCCUAUUGAAAGAACAUGAAAUAUCUACAUUAAAUCACUAUUUCCAAAACUAAUAUUCACCCGAAAAGAGACACAUUUCUAUUUAUAACUGGUUUCUAUGACCAUAACUAACUAGUAUGAAAAAUUGUCAAUACUGUAUGUUUCAAACAACUACGAUUAAUAUCAUUAAGGGAAUAUAUGUUUCAGUUAUAAUUCUCCUGAUCUUUGGGCUGUAGCAUACAUUGGCGAAAAUCGUAAUAAUUUGGCGACGAAAAUCACUUUUAGCGAAGCAUUGUUUUGUUUUUCUAAUCUUCUCUUGAUGUACGACAAGGCGCAUUUCCGUAGGCAAAAAAAUCGAUACAAAUCUACAAUACAUUACCCGGAGUAUUACAUACUCGUUUCUAUUACACUGAUACCGGAAACGUCAAUAUAUUUCCAUACACUGACGCCUGAAUUUCAUAUCGGGUGCGUGACGUAAUUCAGUGUGUGUUGUUGCUCUAUUUUUUUCUAAUUAGUUCAGUAUUGUCAUUCCUAUUCAGGCUAUUGAACAUAUUUAUGAUAUUUACAUUAUAUUUAUACGUGUAUGUGCGUAUGUAAUAAAAAGGUUAUUAUCUUCGCAUCGGGAAAUAUGCACUCGUUCUUCAGCGGAUGAAUAUUGCGCUCCGAAAGUCGCGCAAUAUUUCCGCUGUAUUUCAAAUACAAAGCUAAAGAUACAAAGCUAAUAACUUAUAAUUAUUAAAUCACACAUUUGCCUGGAGGUGCGAAUAUACAGCUUGUUAAUUAUUGUGUUUGACACGAGUGGCUCAAUUGUAUAUUUGUUUAAAGAUGAUUAAACUGGACAGUGAUUAAAGAAAGGACGGGGAAUGUUGCUCACCAUUCCAAUUCAUUUCCAUUCAAUUUUAUUCAGGUUAUAAGAUCAUAAGAAUAUAAUAUCAUAUUAUGUUUGUAUGCACUUGUUUAAAUUGUCAGUCUCAGAAUAUAUUACCCGCCGUUACAUGACUGAAAUACUGUUGAAAAAAUGGCGUUAAACCCAAAACAAACAAACAAAACAGAAAAUAUUGUUUUAAAAUAAUAAAGUUGUUAACAAUAACAGUUCUCAUAUCUUCCAGCCACAGUUGCAUUAGCUAUCAAAUGUGAUGUGUUGUUUAUAAUGUAUAGUUUAAAAUAGAUAUUUAUUUUUAAAAAAUAUAUGCAUUAUAUACAAUAACAUAUACAGUAUAUUUCAAGCAGCUGCUCUCUGUAAGGUCUCGGAUUCUUUGGCUAGUCAAUCUGCAAUCUUGGCUACAAGUUUUGGCUAAAGAUAAUAAGAUCUGGCUAAGAGCUUGGCUACAAGAAAAUUUAUCCAAGCGCCACCGUUGAGACAGUACUUCUUUUUCUUUAGAAUAUUUGCCAAAUUUUCGCAUGUCGAGUUUUAAUGUUAAUGCUGUCUAAGAUUCAUAACAAAAUGAUAUUGCAUUCAGGAAUAAUGGAUUAUCAUCAAUUCUUGCAUAAAAACUAAUUUUUUCACUGGAUCCGCCCAUAUAUAAACGAGAGAAAAAUCGUGUGCAAACAAGGCAAUUCACAUGCUGUUAAUACAUGAUUUUUAUUUUUUAAAUGCUUUGCCAGGGACGUAUGUAUGUAUUUCUGCGCAGACUGAUAUUUGGCAUCUGCAUCUUGUUUCUUCCAUAAUAACCUCUUCUUGUAGCAUUAUAGAUACAAUGUAAUCCAUAGUAUGUUUAGCUGUAUCAGUUUCCAACCCCAAACAUACUGCCCCCAUCAAUGUACGCACUAGUUUCUCUUAGAGUUUACUCCCUUUACAAAGCGUCUGUUCAGUUAUUGUAAAUAACUGUGAAUAAAUAAGUAUCGCGUAUAACUUGUGCUAUUGCCCGUUUUUAGGUAUUAUAUUAAUGAUUUUUGUUAGUAUCAGUCGGUUUGUUUUUACCUGAUUGUUCGCAGAAUUCAUAUAAUAAACCUCGAAAGCUAGUCACUAGCUUCGUACCCAUCCGUACUCUGUUUGUUCGUACUCAAAAUAAUUCGAAUGUAAAGUUGUUAUUCUUAAAAUAAUUGUGUUCCUGUUUAUCAAAUUUUUUAGUUAUAUGCAAAAUUAUGUGUAAUGUAACGUUUGUAAUAACUAAAAAUAAAAAUAAGAUGCUCAAAAACCUUCAAA